AUGGCCGCCAUCUUGGAUGCUAUGGGACCCUACGUGAUGGAGCUGAUAGCCAACAUGGCAACAGAAGAGGUGAAAAUGUUGCUGGGUAUAUCCGGCGAUAUUGAGAAGCUAGAGAACAACAUGAAAAGUAUCAAAUGCUUCCUUGCUGAUGCUGAGAGGAAGCGCAUCACUGAAUUGAGUGUGCAAAGAUGGGUGCAGAAGCUCAAGAAUGCCAUGUAUGAUGCCACUGACAUCCUAGACCUAUGCCAAAUCGAAGCCGACAAGCAGAGCAAAUCGAAAGCUUGGUUGAAAAUGGCCAUGAUUAGUAGCAAGGAGCACCUUGAUUACUUGGAACUACAUUGGAGUAGCACUGGAUUCAUGGGAUUGAGGGAUGAAACCAACAAGAAGCAGCAGCAGCAGCAGCAGCGAGCCUUGGAGGAGGUAAUUGAGAAGCUCAGCCCUCCAUCCAGCAUACGACAUCUACACAUUGAAGGAUACUUUGGUAGCCGGCUACCAAAUUGGAUGAUGGUUCCAGCUACAUGGGUCUUUAAGAGCCUGAGGAUUUUAAGGAUGGACAAACUUUGUUGUUGCACCCAACUCCCUGACGGUCUGUGCCAGCUCCCUAGUUUGGAGACUCUGGCCAUUAUUGACGCACCUGCCAUCAAGAGUGUUGGGCCUGAGUUCCAGUCACCCUCCUCCCUGGCAAUGAGUCGAGUGCUCGCCAGUAGCAGGAGGCAUGCUCUAAGAGAAGUGCGCCUGUACAAGCUGAGCAACCUGACAUAUAUAGAGAUUUUCCCUUCAGUCGUGCAACUUCAAGUAUUCGACUGCCCCAAGCUGAAAAGGAUCAGCGAUCUCUCUAAGUUGCAAAAAAUCGAGAUCUUAUACUGCCCAAAUGUGGAGGUGCUAGGAGUCCCGUCACUUGACAGCAUAGAGAUGAUGGACGGCACCAUGGAGACGAUUCCCGAAUAUCUGACAACAGUAACCCCAAGGUAUUUCAAGUUGACAUGCAGCGGGAAGUUGUACAAGUCCUUGUUAACAGGCACCAGCUCAUGUGAGUACCACAAGAUCAGCCAUAUCAAGUCAUGCACUGUCGACUACUUUCGCAGAAGAUGA